UUUUUGUCCGAUUCUCAUUAGCCCAACUCAUCAUCGCUGCCUCUCCUCUCUCAUACAAGAUACGAUAUCUUCCCCUCUCUCUCUCACUCUCUCAACAAACCUCUCAGGCGACGAUCUCACUCAUCUUCUCUCGCAGUCGCAGUCGCAGUCGCACGCAGUAAACCAGAAUGUCUAAAAGCAAGUCAGUGGUGGGACUUUCGUGGGAACCGAAGCUGCCUUCAUUCUCGUCAUCUGGAACCAAAAGUGGUUCUAAUAAAUCUCAAAAUAUGUGUGAGACCAGUGCCUUAUUCAAAUCCAAGACCGAGCUCAUUGAUGGUCUUUUUGUUCCACCUAAUAAUCCUAGAGAGGUGAACAAAUUACUGAGAAAACAAGUCAAAGAUACAGCCGGGAAAAAUUGGUUUGAUAUGCCUGCCCCAACCAUUACUCCUGAGCUGAAGAAAGAUCUCCAGCUUCUAAAGUUGAGGAGUGCCAUUGAUCCAAAGAGGCACUACAAGAAGGGUGAUUCAAAAUCAAGAGCACUUCCCAAAUAUUUCCAGUUGGGCACAGUGAUAGAGUCAGCAUCAGAAUUCUUCACCGGUAGACUUACUAAAAAGGAGAGGAAAGCAACCCUUGCUGAUGAGCUACUUUUUGAUCAUACCCUAGCAGAGUACAGGAAGCGCAAGGUUCGGGAGAUUGAAGAACAUAACCGACCAGCAAGUGUUGAUAAAUGGAAGAUCAGAGGCAAACAGUCACGGAAGGGCGCAAAGCACAGAAGGCAUUGAUGGCCAAAUACUUCUCCUUUCGUUGUUAACCAAAAUUCUCCUCGUCAGCUGUGAUUCUCGUGAAAUAUAGAUUUGGUUUUGUGGAGAUAGCAAUGAUGUAGCCAAACAAAAUGAGAAGCAUAUUGCUAUUAAUGUUUGAUUAUCUAUUUGUUUUUUUUUUUUCCCACAGAAGGUUUUACCGGUUGAUUAUAACUGACGAUGUUAUUUGGGUAAAAUUCGGAGGCAUGGAUGGACGGGAGGGAAUAGCCUAUUUGUUUACUCUAACAUGUCCAUUGAUUGUUUAUUGUGACUUGUAUUUAGA